AUGUCAACAACCAGCAAGCCAAGAGUCCUUAUUGUGGGCGGAGGUCUAGGAGGGCUUAUGCUCGGAGGUCUUCUGGAGAGGAGCGGGGUUCCAUACGCCAUUUUUGAGCGCGUUGCCAAAGCAAAACCCGUCGGUGCAGGAAUGUUGAUUGGCCCCGGCAUCCUCCCCACCUUCCAGCAGCUCGGGAUCUAUGAUGACUUCCUUGCCAUUGGAAAAAAAAUUUACUGCACGCAAAACUACAAGGAAUCGCUAGAGAAAUACAGACCCACCGACACCAAACCCAUUGAGGACUUUACUGGAUACUUGCACUACGUCGUUGCUCGCUCAGCAUUGUAUGACCUACUCCUCAAACUGGUCCCUGCCGACAAGAUCCAUUUCGGCAAGCGAGUCCUCAACAUCACCGAGAAGGACGACAUUGUAUCAGUGCUGACGUCCGACAAUGGCGUGUAUGAGGGAGAAAUUGUCGUCGGUGCUGAUGGAGCCUACAGUGCGGUCCGCCAACGGUUGUACGAGAAACUGAAGUCCGAAGGCGCUUUGCCUUCUGAGGACAAUGAGGAGCUCCCAUUCAGUUGCACGUGCCUAGUCGGUCAGACUAGACCGUUGGAUCCAAAAGAGUUUCCUAUUGUCGAUGUUCCGGAUUCGCAGUUCUUCACUGUCUAUGGCCACAACAAACCGUUCACUGCAAGCAAGGAAGCCGCACAGCAACGAUUCAGGAAUAACGAAAACUCUAGCUGGGGAGACAUUCCGGGACCAUCAAUGCGCGACGAGACACGGGACUUUGUUCUUGAGCUCAACGACGGGAAAAAACGGACCAUGGGAGACCUGUACGACUUGACACCCAAGGAGAACACGUCCAAGGUCAUGUUCGAGGAGAAAGUGUUCAAGACCUGGUACCACCGGCGCUUCGUCCUAAUUGGCGAUGCAUGUCACAAGCUGCACCCAAGUGGAGGACAGGCGAUGCACGAUGCCAUGGCGCUUUCCAACCUCAUCUACGCCAUGCCAACAAGAACAUCACAGGAUAUCACCAGGAUCUUUGAAGAAUACAAAAGCGAACGUUACCCUGCGGCGAUAGCUUGCUACAAAAGCAGCAAGAUGUUGGGAAAAAUCAUCGAUAGUGGAUUCGCCGGCGCGUUUUCUCUUUUCCUCAUGACCAAAAUGCCCCAGUGGAUGUGGAGACUCGUGCUGGCCAACACAGUAAAGUUCCGUCCGCAAAUAGGAUUUCUCGAGCGGGUUGCUAUCAAAGGCACUGUUAAGCCAGUUCCGUCGCCGAGUGAAAACAAGGCGAGGGCCGUCUUUAAGAACCAACAGCAGCGAGCACAUCAAAUCACUGUCGCCGUCUAA